ACUCCUGUCCCAUCAGUUAUUAAUAACUGUGGGGGCCCACUUUUAUAUGUUUUCUCAUCAUAUAAUUUUUGACAGGUUUCCAUACCCCCCUUUUUUUUUUGCCUUGUGUCCUGCCCUGGUAUCAUUUUUGGAUAUGUGAUUUUUUUUGUGUGCUAUCGGUCCGUUUUGAAAAAAAUAUAUCAUUUUAAAAUUUUAUAUAAUUUACCCUUUCUGGAUUUAUGAAAACUGAAAGAUAAAAUGAGGAAAAGGUAGGAAAGUUAAGAGGCAAUUCUAAAUAAAGUCUAGUAAAUAGAUGUACUAUGUCAUGCAUGGAUUGUGUGAUGGUCAGAUGUGUCCACCUGUUGAUAGGAGAAUGUAUAAGGUGCCGUUUGGGAACGAAGGGAGAACAGGGAGCAGUGGGAGAGGAAAAAAAGACGCCAGUAAGUGGGGAGGGCUGAGGCUGUGUAAGGAAGGGGAAGGUGUCUGUGGAGGAUUAGGGCUAAGGCCUGGUCCACAACUGAAACAUAGGUUGACCUAGCUAUGUUACUGAGGGGUGUGAAAAAAAUCACAUCCCUGAGAGACAUAGCUAAGCCAACCUAUGCCUGGUAUAGACACUGCUAGGUCGAUGGAAAUAUUCUUCUGUCAACCUAGCUACUGCCUCUCAAGGAGUUAGAUUUCUUACAGUUACAGAAAACAGUCCAUGUACUAAGUGUCUAUACUUAUAAUUAAGGGUCAUUGCUGAACUUAAUUGUUUCUGGGCAUUAUAUGUUAUCUUCCUAUGUACUCUGGCCUCACUAGGCAUACAUAACAAAAUUAUUGUCUGACUCUUGCAUCAAAAAGAAUUGCUAUUUUUUUUUCUAUAUAUAGUUAGGGUCUCUUGUUCUCUCCACAGUACUGAUGUCUUUAUGCCUCAAAUAGGUUUCUGCAGACUAAUAAGACUUUUAAUUAGAAAUCACAUCAUAAUAACACAUCAUUAAGACAUAAUAAUGAAAAAUUGACAUUGAAUAAGUUUAGAAUGAUUGGCCCACAAUUGUGUCCAUUCCCUUGUGUUUCACAAUUUGUUUUCCAGAGUACUGUUGUAGAAUUCCCAGUUUUUCAUCAGAUGAAGGAUCUGAAAUGUAUACAGAGUAGCAGUAGCCAAUUGUAUAAAUGGAUUUCAUGUUGUCUUGAAGUUACUCUCAAUGUUUAGUACUGCUUUAUUUUUCUUUUUAAUGAAUAGUUGCAAUUUGCUCAUGAUCAUAUAUGUACAUCCACUUAGGCCUUGUCUACACAACAGAGUUUUGUUGACAAAAGUCAGCUUUCAUCAAUAAAACAGUUGUGGUGUACACACUACAAUGCUCCACUUGCCAGUUCAUAGAAGAUCAGGGUUGGAAGGGACCUCAGGAGGUCAUCUAGUCCAACCCCCUGCUCAAAGCAGGACCAAUCCCCAAUUAAAUCAUCCCAGCCAGGGCUUUGUCAAGCCUGACCUUAAAAACUUCUAAGGAAGGAGAUUCUACCACCUCCCUAGGUAACGCAUUCCAGUGUUUCACCACCCUCCUAGUGAAAAAGUUUUUCCUAAUAUCCAACCUAAACCUCCCCCAGAAGAGUUUAACUCUUCCGCUUUGCUGACAAACUAAAGCCACCAUGAUGAGAGGCGUAGAGCUUUUGGUGGCAAAGUUAGGUUGACAACUUGUCAGUGUAGACACUGUGCUUGGUUAUGUCACUGUACGUGGCCUCCAGGAGGUGCCUCACAAUGCCCAUCCUGACCACUCUGCUCAGCAAUUCGAUCUUGGCUGCCCUGCAGCCAGGUACACAGACGUUCACCCCUCCCCCUUUAAAGUACUGGGAAAUUUUGAAAUUCCGCUUCCUGUUUGCUUGGCGUGGAGAGCUCACAUUGCAUCUUCCCCGCUGACCGUGGUGGCUCCGCUCAGCAAACAUGCUGCUGCUUGGAGUACAUCGGAGAUGUUGGAUCUGUUGGGUCUGUGGGGAGAGCAGGCUGUGCGGUCCCAGCUCCUUCCAGCCAUAGGAACUUCAAUAGCUACGGGAAGAUUUCUCAUGGCAUGUUGGAAAAGAGCUACAGAACGGGACAUAUAAACAUCAAGGAGCUGAGGCAGGUGUACAAGAAGGCAAGGGAGUCAAACCACCUGGUGCUGGACCUCUGGUGCUGCACCAGAGACCUGCUGCUUCUACAAGGAGCUGUAUGCUGUCUUCGGGGGUGACCCCAACUCCAGCACCAAGAUCCCCAUGGAUACUUCAGGGGGGCUGGAGACAGCAGCCAGCACACUUAACCCUGAGGACAAAAUGGAAUUAGAGGAUGAGGUGGGGCAGGGUCAUCCAAUGCAAUGAAGGCAAGUCAGGACCUCGUCUCAACCCUGGAGGAUUCAAGCCAGUCCCAGCACUCUGUCUCUGGUGCUCACGGUGCAGAAAGGAGCUCUGGUAAGUGCUCUUUUUGAUCUGAUACUGCUCCGUUUCACAUACAGCUGUCCUUGGUUUCAUUUUAUGGUAGAAGUUGGUUAAGGUGUAGAAAUGUACAAGACUUGCAGUGUUUGUGUCUGCUUCCCAUUUCCCUAUGCAGCUACGAUGUGGGGGUGUGACAAGACCCCCAGGGUACAACCUGGAACUGUGGGACUGCUGUGCCCCCUUAAAUCUCCAGCCUGGGUUGGCUCUCACAAUACUUGGCCAGUGACAAACAGUGAACCCCUCAAAGUGGUGUUUUCACUCAGCCACCAACAAACAGAGGCACACCCAGCUAAGCUGCAUAAAGGCUCCCAAGCCCCUAACCUUGAAUCCCAGAAAAAUAUUAUCUUACACUGCUUGAGACCUUCUCUUUAACAGUGCAAACUUACUCAUUAGUUCACCACUUCAUCAAAGGAAAGUGGACAUGCACCAGCCUUUGUAAGCUAAGCAAAUUUCCCAAGCACUUUAGACAAAUUCACUGGUAAGGAUAAAAUAUUAGAAUAGGUUUAUUAACUACAGAAAGCUAGAUUUUUAAGUGAUUAUAAGUGGUAGUCAUAAAGGUCAGAAAUAGUUACCAAAUAAAUUAAAAAGUAAGUAUGCAAUCUAAAUUGUAAAUCUCAUUAGACUAAGCUGUAUUUGGAUCAAGCAGUUUUUCUCACCUCACUGGAUGUUGCAGGCAGGUUACAAUCCUUAAUACACAGGCUGAUUUUCCUCUUCAGCCUGGGACCAGGCUCCUCAGUUCAGGUCUUGUUUUCCCAGUGUUCUUGUUUCCGUUAGUGUAGGUGGGGGAGGAGAAAGGUAAUUGCAUGAUGCCACUGUCCUUUAUUUUAUACCCUCAGUCCAUGUGCCUGGAAAAUACUAACUUAGACAUGUCCUGGUAACUCUGUGACUCAGCAAGGCCUGAGCAGUCCCACUGGUGUGGCCUUGUGCAACUGAGUCAGAGUUGAGCAAUCCAGAUUGUGUGGUACUUGUGCAACUCUCUUACAUAAUUUUAAAUCCUUUGUUUAUGGCUUCCCUGUGGUCAUUCAGUGCCCGCCUGGGUGUGGUUACCUCCUUUGUUGUCACUGGACAACUAGCAGUGGGCGACUCCCAAACCCACAACAUAUUUCAUUAAUAACCAUAGAACAGGAUCUCAUAACUUCAUGCACACUAACGAUAUACAUAUUUUGACAUACAAUGAGCUUCAGCAGAUCAUGACCUUUCAUAUGCUUUCUUAAAUGGCAUGCUUCGUUUGAUAUAUCACAGCCAUAUAUGAAUGAUGAAUAGGGGGGUUACAGGGUGCUACUUUGAGGCACAGUGUGUCACAGGAGGCCUAGUGAGAAAGUGUGUUAAUGCACACCAAGAUUUCACAGGAAUCCUCCAGAGGGAUAGCUAGGAAGCUUUCCUGGGAGGUACUCGCCAAUUCUCUGCUGAAGGCUCCUUGGCAGAGCAGCUUUGUUUCUUACCCUGCUGUAGGAAAUUUUCCCACAACAAUCGGCAAUCACUUGUGCAAGGAUCAAAUCAGCACACAGGCAAGCAGCAGAGGGACCUGGUCUGAAGCCACAGGUAAGCAGGAGAUGCACCCUUGCAUCCUUGUUUACUAUUGGGAAUGAGGGAUCGGCUUCAAUGACCCCCUGCUUGUAGAAAACUGGCAGAAUUUACAAUAGUGUCCCUAGUUGCUUGCAGUGAUUCCCUUCCAACCUAGACAUUUUGAAAACCACCUAGACAUUUUGCCCCACCUUGGAUCUCCCCACCACCCCCAUGGGCCAAACUCACCAUGUUUAGGACACUCUUAGUGCUUGCCAAGGGAGAGUGAGAAAGAGGUGUACUUAAUUAUUAUGAUUCAAUGCUGUGAGUGCACUCACAGUACUGCCUCUAUUGAUUGCUUCUUGUUUUUCUGUAGAUGUGGCCUUGAGGGGAACCCCUUACACACCAGCCAAGCGCUUGCAUCAGGGUUUCCAGUUUCCAAACCUGAUGUGAUCUCCCAGCUGGAAAAAGGGGAAGAGCCGUGGGUCUCAGAAAUCCAGGACUCAGAGGAACAAGGGAUCCUGAGAGGUGCCUGCACAGGUGAUGAGAUGGUGAGUGAGAAGGAGGGUCAGAAUCUUCAGCAGACGGAUGCUGAGCAAGGGGAACCGCACAGGAUGUUAUUGCAGAGAUCCAAAGGGAAUAUGUCCAGACGUCUUGAGGAAGGAAAACUGUAUGAGAGUCAGCACAGGCCAGAGAGCCAGCCAGGGGAGAAAGAGGGUAAAUCCAUUACUUGUCAGGCAACUCACAAAGACCUCAGGGGAACCACAGGACAGCACACAAACCUCACAGAAGAGGGAAAAAACACAUGCACUGAGUGUGGGAAAAACUUCCGAGGACGCUCAGGCCUUAGUAAUCAUAAGAGAAUCCAUACGGGAGAGAGACCCUAUGAAUGCAGUGAGUGCGGGAAAACCUUCACUCAGAGUUCUCACCUCAUUAGACAUGAGAGAAUCCACACCCGGGAGAGACCCUACGAAUGCAGUGAGUGCAGGAAAAGCUUCACUCGGAACUCAGACCUUAUUACACAUCAGAGGAUCCACACAGGGGAGCGGCCCUACGUAUGCUCUGUGUGUGGGAAAACCUUCGCUCAGCGCUCAGCCCUUACUAAACAUCAGAGGAUCCACACUGGGGAGAGACCCUAUGAAUGCAGCGAGUGUGGGAAAAGCUUCACUCGGAGCUCAGACCUUAUUACACAUCAAAGAAUCCACACAGGGGAGAGACCCUAUGAAUGCCGUGAGUGUGGGAAAACCUUUACUUGGCGCUCAGCCCUUACUACACAUCAGAGUAUCCACACAGGGGAGAGACCCUAUGAAUGCAGUGAGUGUGGGGAAACCUUUGCUCAGCGCUCAGCUCAUAUUAGACACCAGAAAAUCCAUGCGGGGGAAAGGCCCUAUGAAUGCUGUGAGUGUAGGAAAAGCUUCACUGAGAGCUCACACCUUAUCACACACCAGCGAAUCCACACAGGAGAGAAGCCCUACGAAUGCGGUGAGUGCGGGAAGCGGUUCAGCCAGAGCUCGUACCUUACUAAACAUCAGAGAAUCCACACGGGAGAGAGACCCUAUGGAUGCCGUGAGUGCGGGAAAAGGUUCACUGAUCACUCUAGCCUUACUAAACAUCAGAGGAUCCACACCGGGGAGCGGCCCUAUGAAUGUGGUCAGUGCGGGAAAAGCUUCACUGAGAGUUCACACCUUAUUACACAUCAGAGAAUCCACGCCGGCGGACGCUGCCACGAAUGCAGUGAGUGUGGGAAAAGCUUCGCUGAGCACUCAACCCUUACCAAACAUCAGCGCGUCCACACAAGAGAGAAACACCAUCAGUGCACUGAGUGCGGGAAAACCUUCUCUCAACGCUCACACCUUAUGAAUCAUGGGAGAAUCCACACCGGGGAGAGGCCCUACGAAUGCAGCGAGUGUGGGAAAACCUUCACUUGGCACUCAGCCCUUAGACAUCAGAGAAUCCACAGUGGGGAGAGACCCUAUGAAUGCAGCGAGUGCGGGAAAUGCUUUACUGAGAGCUCACAACUUGCUAGGCAUCAGAAAUUCCACAAGGGAAAUGAUAAACCAUAAAAACCAUAUCCAGGGCUCACAAAUGAUUUUUUCCCCUUUAAUACUUUUUCCUAAUUCUGACAUCAAGACCGUUAAGGCUGCCUGCACCAUUUGCUUCACCAUGGUCCCUCAGCACCCCAUGUGGUUUCCCAUUUUUGUUUUUUACAGCUUGCCCUUCUUUGGGGUGAAUCUCAUGGGCCUUUCUGUAAAACUCCAUAGUCCUAUGACUCAGGGGAAUGUGUGGCCCUCCUGCCAGGCAUGUCAGUCUGCUCAAGGUGUGGGAGAUAUGGGUCUAGCUAUAUCAACAUAAAAUCUACCCAGGCUUCAUCCCCAGUAGGAUUUUCUGUGGAGUUAGGUAGCUCUCGUUAGCUAUCCUGAUGUAAAAGCCCAACUAUUCUUACAGUAAUGACAUAGACCAUAUCUAGGGUUAUCGAGUUCAUUUCCUUAUGACCUGACCCAGCCUCCAUCUCCUAGUCAAAGCCAAUCUGGAGCAUCACAUUUAUACUCUUCCUCCCACUGCAAAGUGACUGUUAAAGCCACGGAGUUCACCCUCUGGAACAGAUCGUCUCAUUCCCAGUUGUUCACACAUUGGAUUUGGGUGUGCUCAAGACGUUUUGUACCCUUUUCCUCAUUUAAAUUACACGUAAAUAUAACAAAGAGCAGAAGCAGGGUGGGGGAAAGUGUGGUUUCAGCCUCUGGGGCACCUGAAGGGGAUGGGUGAUUCGCAGGGAUUCCCUCCUGCAGCAUCGCCCCAGCUGUGUUACCUUCUAAGUUUAUCUUCUUCACUUUCUGCCUAUCCACCUCCCAGAAUGUCGAUGCAGUGUCCUCAGCGCUCAGAGGCUAAUACGCUUGAAGUCUAGAAAGGAGCUGUGAUGCUAUCAGGUUGCCAGCUCAGACCAAGGCAGCAGCCUAAUUCACUCACAUGUGAAGAGAAAUCAACGGAGUGUCAAAAGGUAUCGUACUGUGAUCAGGCCAAUUCACUUCUGUGUUGGUAUAUUUCAGAGGAAAUGUAAUGUUAUUGUUCUUGCUUAUCCAUAAACCUGUUGAUUGCUAUAACCUUACAUUAUCUAUGCCCCUAUACCUAGUUAACCCUUGACCAAAAGCAUGUGUUUGUAUUAGGAUGAGAAUAUACUUGAUGUGUAAACUUCAUUUCAACUAAUGAAAGAUUGCUUGGAAUGCUCAAAUGAAUGCAUAAUGGUACUAUUCUUGCAUCGGGAUUGGAGCCUUGGAGCGGUAAAUGAAGAAGCAUGCUGACGUCAAAGCAUGGGUCAUUGUGUUUGACACUGGGAAAUCUACAAACUUAGCCCUGGUCCACACUACACAGUUAUGUCAUCGUAAGGCAGCUUAUGUUGACCUAACUAUGUCAGUGUACACACUACAGCCUUGCUCCUGCCCAUGUAAAGGUCCUAUUACACUGACGUAAUAAAUUCACCUCCAUGAGAAGCAUAGGGUUUACGUAGUUAGGGUGACGCAGUAUCAGUGUAGACACUGUGUUACUUACAUCGGCUCUUGGCUUACAUCCGCUGGUGCCAUGAAAUUGAUAAGAAGGCCCGGCUCCCCAGCCAGGCUGCUGCCAGGUCUCUGCUUCAAGCCAGGCUGACACCCAGGCUCCCAAUUUUGGCGGCCACUCAAACUCCCAGCUGGGAGCCCUGCACCCCCUCCCUCCCCCCGGGCUCUCAGUUCCCCAUGGGAGCACAGCAGAUGACUGGACCCUGAGUGUGGAUCUCCCCCCUGGAAGUGCUCUGGUGAGGACGUGCACCACCGACAGAAGGAGGGUAGUGUGGACAUUAGCCACCUAGUUUGACUUACGAUUGUAGUGCAGACAUGUCCUGAGUCUGUUAGUCAACAAAGGAAGAGGCCAUGCUGUGAUGAGAGCACUUGCCAGAUUGCUUUCUGGAGAUCAGUGAAUAAGAAUGAACCCUGGGAAUGAUCCCGUCUCUCUGAGCUGUUAGGCCACUUACAGGGAAGCAUUCCAGAUACAAGACAGAGAUUCCCCAGAGUUGUUUUGGGUAUCGCUGGAGACUUUUGGACACUGGCAAAUAACUACAGCUCUGCUAUCAUUUUGGACUUACAAACUUGGUCUCACCUGUAUUUUACCUGUUUUAACCUGGAACUCUCAUUUCCUUUUCUUAGCUAAUAAAUCUUGAGUUAGUUUACUAGAAGAGAAAAAUUGGCUGCAGCAUUGUCGUUGGUGUGAGAUCAAGAGUAUCCAUUGACCUGUGGUAUGUGACUGGCCCUUUGGGGCUGGGAGCGUCAUGGGCUGCCCUGGCUUGGUGCUCUGGAACCACUCUGAAUGAAGUUCAGACAGGACCCUUGUGUAGUGUGACAUCCGUCAGGGCACACUCUUUAGAGAAAGCCUCCUCAGCUUCUGUGUCUCCUUGGGUCUGACCUCAGAGUGUCCAGCACCCCUGAUCCAUGCCAUGAGCUCCCUGCAAUGAGUCUACCUGAAUAGGACACCUGGUGGGAGGAUUACUUGCCCCCAAAGGGACCACGCUCCCCACCUUCGCAGUCACCAGUGACUCUUAGCCAGCAUUAUAAAACAGAAGGGUUUUUUUUAGUCAUCUGGAACACAGUGUAGAACGGAUCUUGUAAGCACAGAAAGCAGGAUGUUACAGCAAAGGCCAUCUUGUGGGGGAUCCAGAGCCCUGGGCUCUUCCAUCUGAAUCCCAAGCCAGGAGAAUGACCAGCUUCUAGCAGUCCACCCUCAGUCAUGCCCUGUUGCCCCUCCUCCAUCCUUUGUCUCUUUUCCAGCCAAACUGGUCACCUGGCCUCCAACUGUCUCUUUGUUCUCCAGCUCCUUCGGCUGGCUCCUUGGGCAUGAUGGGCUCCAGCUAUCAGUUGCCAGAAUACAGAGUAUCCAGGGGGCUCAGGCAGCUAGAUAGCACUCACACCUGCCCUCCGGGGGCCCCUGCAAAGAUCACACACCCAUAUUCCACCACCUAGAUACUUGUGCAACACAUAGGGGAAACUGAGGUACGCACAGUAUUCUUGCAUGUCGCAGAGCAAGUACGCCCCAUCACCCUGGGGGUUGGGGCAAAGGGUGUGGUAGCCCUGCACUUAAGUCUAUAUGACUGCUCUUAGCCUUGGGGCUGCACGGCCCAAUGGACAAAGUCAAUAGGGCUCCCCUGGGCUGCAGGGAAGUGCGGCCCAAUGGCCAGAAUAAAUAGGGCUCCCCUCAGCUGCAGGGAAGUGAGGCCCAAUGGCCAGAAUCAAUAAGGGAGGUUUGGUGGACUGCCUACUCAAAGAGUAGGGGGACCCAAGCCCUCCCUGCUCCACUGGGUCCCAGCCCAGGGCCCUGGCGGUGGCAAAUCUGCCCGAAACACACUGAUGUUGCAGGAACACUGGCUAAUCCCUCCCUGCAAUGCUUAUUAAAUUCAGUCAUUUGUCAGAUAUGUCCUAUGUGGUGGAUCUAAAGUUCCCGCUCUGCUGAUGACUCAUGGGGUGGUCACGGCAGCUCCACAGGAGCUCCUGUUGUUGAGGGUUUUUUCCACUUUGUUCUCUUUAAAAAUAUCCAUCCCUGGUGCUACUCAGCACGUGCUCAAGAAUUCCUUCAGCCUCCCUCUGGGAUCGGGGCCCUUGAUUCUUCUGGGUGCUGCACAAUCAACGACUCAAAUGCCAUCUUGCUCAUGGGUGAAGCUGGCCUCCUCUCACACAGCUGUUAGGAGAGCCAACUUUAGGAUACUGUUAUCACCAAUACUAUAAAAUUGCAAGGAAUCUGACCAGAUAUUCCACGUGAGGUAUUUGUGAAAAUGUUAUGAUUUGCCAAAUAUGAUGAUCUUGUUUAUGUUUGUAUCACCUUUGUAUUGUGAGUUAUAGAUAUGUAGAUUAUAACUGUAUUUUGAACUUGUGCUGUGCAUAUGAGUGACACCCCCAGACAGAUUGGCAUCAGCACUGCCUAGCCUGUUUGAUGGCCCAUCAACGGUCAUCAGCUGUACAAUGAACCCAUUGAAAAAGCCAGGGACUAACACCUUACAAGUCAGCAAGGCACAUGGUCUGCUUAUGGACAUAACUGUAAGCCUUUUCCAUGCCAUGUGCUGUGAAGCUUGUGUUUGGGACAGGAAGUACAGGCCACAUGGCAAAAGGAAUAUAAAGGGCAGCUGCAUCAUCUCUAUUUUGUCUUCAUUCCUGCUUCUUCCUCUUUUCUACAAACAAAGAUCUGAACAAAGGACUGAAUGACUCAUCCAAGUUGUGGAUGUGUUUCAGAGGGACUUUCAAGCCAGCAAACUCACCAACGCUGCUGAGAACCUGAUAUAUGGACUUUGAAGUCUCUGUAUGUAUCUGAGUGUUUUAUCAUUCAACAACUCUCUUCUUGUUCUUUCUUUUUUCCUUAUAAACCUUUAGUUUUAGGUGCUAAAGGAUUAGCUGGCAGCUUGGUAUUUUGGGUAAGAUACAACCUAAUACUGACCUGGUAACAUGGCUGACCCUUUGGGGUCAGAAGGUCAUUGUGUAUAUGUGAGCAGAGUUUUAAAAUAACUUCUCACUGUACUGGAGCUAGGUACUGACUGGAAUGCAAUAAAUGGGGCAGCGUGGUUUCUUUUUUUAGCUUCUUGAUAACCAGUGUGGGGGGAUCAGAAGCACAGUUUGUGACUGAAGAGUUUAACUUCCGUGUUGACCACCAGUUCUGAGAGUAUCUGCCCUCCCUUUUGCAGCCUGCCCUGAACUUGGCAUUUUCAGUGAGGGCUGCCCCAGGCACCAAUGAGUCACACCAGGCACUCCACCCCGCAGGUGAUUACACAUAAUACAUUCAGCUGUGAGAGCCUCAUUGGUGUAUGUGCUUGUGAAUUUCCUUUUCCUUCCCCUUUAUAGCUACUCUUCUCUAUAGGACUGAAGUCUACCUCAGCAUUACAUAGUUACGUUUGCAUGGAUGUUGAAUAAAAAUCUACUU